AUGCUCCCACUUCCGGUGUUGGUCAUGUCCUUCCUGGCGUUGACCGUCCCCGCCAGAGGGAACAAACCGCAGGUGCGAGUGACAACUUCGUUUGCAAACUUUGAUGCACGCAUUAUGGAUCAUUGGGGAGGCGGUGGAGGUGCAACAUGGACGAUUUCAAACGACUCUGUCCACCCAUUCGUGGGCAGGCAAUUCGGAGGGGCGAAGAUGAAGCAGAUCAUGGGUACUGGAGCCUUUGGAAGUGGGUAUCCCUGGGACAAGGACGAUCCGACGACGCUCAGUGGGCGAGGCUUCCCAUUUGGCACCUGGCCCAUCUGGUGGGGGAACGACUUUAUGGGGACAGACGAGUACAACUCGACCAAGGAUACUAUACGACCCGGUGGACAGCUCGUCACUGCUCCAGUCCAACUAAUCAAGGCGGGUUCACCAUUCACCAAUGCGACCGAGGACGAGAUGUACUACAUACUCGGAGACACGCAGAGUGUGACGUUUAUGAUGAUUUCGUUUGUCACCUGGUGUCAUGUGAAACCAGCUUGGCCAACAAAGUUUGACCCCCUAUCGCCCAACACGCCGAUACGACUGGAGAACGUUUUCCAGUACUAUCGCGCCAGCUCAUUCGCGCUCGCAUCAACUCUUUACAACAACACGUUUGCGCAAACGUCGAUUGCCAACUCGACGGAAAGCUCAUCGCUUCCGGGGCAAGUGGAGUAUUCGGACUAUCGACGAUGUGUCGAUAGUGUCAUCUCCAACGCGCUUCCCGUAAUGAACAAGCCGCCGCGUGUAAAGAACAAGUCGGUGACAUACGGGAUCUUCUUUGGGAUUUUUGGGAUCCCGAUGCUGGUAGCUGCGGGGUAUUUGCUGGUAUUCCUUUGGUAUCUGCUGGCUUGUGUCUGGUCCCUUAUUGUGGCCAUUUGGGAGCACAAAGCGGUCAUCUUCUCCUCGGUGAGGUCGCGAAUCGAGGAUGCUGCUACUCGCAAAGCUAGAGCAAAGGAGCAAAGGGAAGCAGGUCUUGCUUACGAGGCAUUCCCUUGA